AUGUCCCCCUGUGCCUCUCAAACCGUUGAAUGCCAGCCUGAGGCAACGAAACAGUCUCUCGAAGCCGUCGACGAGAAUACUGUCGAGCAAGCCCCCCAGGCCCUUGCCGUUGCCACAGGUGGCUACCUAUUCCCAGGGAUUCCCAAAAUAAGCGACCCUUACAAGAAGCGACAAUGGCAGCUCGAGCACAUGGCUGGUGCAUUUAGAGUGUUCGCUAGGAAGGGAUUCACAGAAGGAACAAGUGGACACAUCAGUGUUCGCGAUAAUAUUGAUACGAACACAUUCUGGAUUAAUCCUAUGGGAAAGCACUUCGGCAUGCUGAAAGCAAGUGACAUGGUGCAUAUCAACGAAGAAGGCCAGGUUAUCGGUGGCAACAAGGUUGCCAUCAACGCUGCUGGAUUCAUCAUCCACAGCGCUAUUCACCGUGCGCGUCCCGACGUCAACGCUGCAUGCCAUAUGCACUCGCCUGCCGGAAAGGCCUGGGCGACAUUUGGUCGGCCAGUUGAUAUCAUCAACCAAGAUUCUUGUAACUUCUACGGCACCCAGGCGGUAUACAAUGACUUUGGUGGUGUUGUCCUCGGCGCUGAAGAAGGGCAAAGGAUUGUGGAGGCCCUUGGAGAUAAGGGUAAGGUGAUGUUCCUACAGAACCAUGGUCUUCUGACUACUGGCGGGACUGUUGAUGAGGCUGCGUUCCUCUUCACUUGUCUUGAGCGCACCUGUGAGGUUCAGCUCGUGGUUGAAGCUACUGGACUUAAGAAGAACUUUAUCAGUGAGAAGGCAGCUAAACUUACCGCUGAGUCGAAUGCCGACCCUGAAGUACUUUACACCGAAUUUCAGCCAGAUUUCGAGUAUGAAAUAUGGAAGUCUAACGGGGAAUUG